AAUCACUUAGUAUGAAUAUCCCUCCCAAAGACAAGAUCCCUAAUUUUGGCGAAAAUGAUGAGGAAUUCGCCUCUUUUGAUGAAGACCAAGAAGAUUACCAGAAAAUAUCCACGAACAAGACUAAGCGAGCACCUGCAAAGACUUACACCAGGAAGACCGAAGAUGAAAUCAAGAUCCAUACUGACCAUAAUUCUGAGAUUCGGUUUCCAAUGAGCGGACAGAGCUUGGAAUAUCAAGAAAUUAGCUCAGGAGUCAAAACUAUGGGAGGCCCUUACUCUGAGCCUGGCUUAUCAAAAUCUAUUCUUGGUCCCAAAUUGAUUGGUGAUAAAGAAAAUGAUGAAGGACAGAAAGACGACACUAAAGAUUUAAUUCAAAAGAUAUUUAGCUUCCAACAAAAAUCCUCUAAAUUUGCAGACAGGUUUGAUAUUAAAACAAAGAAGGCCGAUGGAACCUCUAUUAAGAGCAUCUUUACAGGAUCUAAUAGAGAAGUAAUUAAGCUUCGUUGAGAGUAUAAAUUUACUGACUCUAUUAAGUAUGACUUCCAGAGGUUCAGAGUAAGGAAAUGGAAGAAGAACCCUCCUAUUAGUAAUAAUCAAUACAAAGCUGUCAAUUCCAACAUUAUGGUUGAGAAAUCAGCCUAUAGCCAAAAGAAGUUGAGAGAAUGUUAUUAUUUCUUUGAUGAGUUAUACAGAAGGCUUAAGCUAUUACACUCAUCCUAUCCAGGAUAUACAAAAGACUACAUUGCAAACUUAUUUGUGCAACUCAGUGGAAACUUAGAAGCUAUGGAAGACCAUCUCUCAAACAGAGAGGGUCUUGAGGAUCCUCAAGUAAAGAGACUCUACUGGACAGACCAAGAAGAUCGAUUACUUUGAAAGGAGAGAGACCAUAUUGAAUGAUUCGCCUUUGAGUCCUUAGAAGAUGCUAAGAGUCGAGACCUACUCAAUCUGAGGAAAGAGUUCCUUAGAGUUUGAAAAAGGAUUUAG